AUACUCUCUUGUUAAAGUAAAAUCUGUCUGGCACAAUAUGGUAUCCAGGUCAUUAUACUCUAUACCAGGCUGCUGGGCAGGACAGGUUUAAAAAAAAAAUUAAAAAAAAUAAAAAAAAUUGAAACACAUUGGGGGUCCAUAUAACCCUUCGGGCUGUUCGCUCACCUCCCCUCCUGUUCACGCUGUACGCCCAUGACUGCAACACCUGACAUGACAACUCUGUUGUGAAAUCAACAAUCUUGCUGGAUGGACCACAGAGAACAACCUACUUCUCAACAUCAGCAAAACAAAGGAGCUGAUUGUUGAUAGGCAAAAAGGACGUGAAGACACACAAUUCUGUCUACAUCAGUGGAGCUGAGGUGGAGCAGGUGAACAGUUUUAGAUUCCUGGGAAUCAGCAUCACAGAAAACCUGAAAUAGUCAUCUCACAUCUUCACGCUGGUAAAGAAAAAAAAGUUCCAGUGCCAAGAUCUUUAAGAGAGGAGCCAGCGUGUCAGUUAGCUCACCUAGUAGAGCACGUUUACCAUAUACAAAGACUAUGAGGACUUAGCACUGUGGCUUGGGUUCAAAUCUGAACAGGUGUGGCCUGGCUCUUUUGACAUGACACUCUCUCUCUCUUUUGCAUUUCCUGUCUCUUUUCACUGUAUGAUCGACAAUAAAGGCAUAAUUACCCAAAAAAUAAUUGAUUAAAAACAUUCUCAGAGGAGCAAUAGAAACAUCAAACUGGCAUGUGCACGGCCCUGGACAGGAGGACUCUGCAGCAGGUGAUUAAAACUGCUCAGAAGAUCAUUGGUACCCAUCUACUGGUCAUCAGUGCUUUUGGCGAGGUGAGGUGCCUGUACAGAGCCCUAAGGAUCCUAUAGCCACAGCCAGUUAACCCUGCUGCUGUCUGGCAAGAAACACAGAAGAAUCUCCUGUUGCACCUCCAGACUCCAGAGCACCUUCUUCUCUCAGGCUGUGAGACUCCUAAUUCAUCCUCAGCACUGCACCAUGAAAAAAUUGUUUUAUUUCUAGUUAUUAUUUAUUCAACUGUCCUAUGGAAGCCCGUUUCCGCAACAUAGAUGAAAAAAAAAAGAUCCAGUAUCUCAAAAUAAUGAGUUAGUAUCUCAAAAUAUUGACUUAGUAUCUCAAAAUAAUGAGUUAGUAUCUCAAAAUAUUGACGUAGUAUCUCAAAAUAAUGAGAAACAUUCUCAAAAUAUUGACUUAGUUUCUCAAAAUAAUGAGAAACAUUCUCAACAUUUUGACUUAGCAUCUCAAAAUAAUGAGUUAGUAUCUCAAUAUAAUGAGUUAGUAUCUCAAUAUAAUGAGUUAGUAUCUCAAUUUAAUGAGUUAGUACCUCAAAAUAUUGAGAAAACUCGGAAUUUGCAUAGGGCCUCUGUGCUGCUUUCUCACAUGCGCCAAAGCAACAGAAGCAAGAGGGUGAGACAAAGCUUAAUAGACCCAAAUGGAUACCAUAAUUGAAAACUACUUUAGACGUGGAUUUACAAAUCAUGAAAUUUUAGUGGUUUUGGAGGAAUCCCAUGAUAUUAAACUAAGCCUCUGGACCCUAGAGAGAAAGCUGCAAAAGAACCAGCUUUGGCGGAGAAAAAAUAAGACAGAUGAAGUUGAAGUGGCAUCCUCUAUUGACCAACAACUACAAACAUCCGGCAAACAGCAUGGCUACAGAUGGAUGCACCAGAAAUGUUGGAUGGCCGGGAUAAUUACCGACAGAGAAACUGUGCGUCAACUGAUGCGACUGAUAGACGAGAAUGGGGUAGAUCUGCGUGCUCGCAACCGUUUGAGACGGCGUAUGUAUGUCAGUUGUGGGCCAAACUAUGUAUGGCGUGUAGAUGGGUAUGACAAAUUAAAGCCUUAUGGCAUAUGUAUCAGUGGUUGCAUAGAUGGCUUCUCAAGGAAAAUGAUAUGGCUAGAAGCAUACAAAACCAACAAUGACCCUCGUAUUAUUGCAGGUUAUUUUAUAGAUGCUGUGACCAAAAACAAUGAAUGUCCACAAAAAGUCAGGUUAGAUCAUGGUACUGAGAAUACCCAUGUUGCAGUAAUGCAGAAGUUUCUGCACAACAGUGAGGAUGAGAACGGUACACAGUGUGUCACUUUAGGUCCAAGUACUGGCAAUCAAAGGAUUGGACGUUGGUGGUGCACCUUGAGGACAGAAUGCACCCAGUUUUGGAUGGACCAUUUCGACCAGCUGAGAGCAGAUGGCCAUUUUGUUGACAGCUUCAUUGAUAAAUCACUGAUCCACUUCCAAACUAUAAUACAGGAGGAGCUUGAUGCAGUUGUAACUGCCUGGAAUGACCAUCGCAUAAGAACAACCCACAAUCCUCGGUCUCCUCACGGUCGCCCUUCCAUAAUGUAUGCAGUUCCCAACCUUUAGGGGGCUCAGAAUUUCUUGCAGCCAGCUGAUAAAGUGAAGGUAGAAAUAUGUCGCAAGGACAGUUGUUUUAAUGACUAUCCCUGUGAUGAGGAUGUGUUUCACUUAUGUAUGGAACUUAUGGCUGAGCACAACUUGGCAAUGUCUGAUGAUGUGUAUGAAGUUACUGACCUUUAUUUAAGACUUCGUCAAAUGAUUAUAGAUGGGCUGGAGGAAUAAAGUAUGUGCUUUGAGAAAAAGCUAAAUAGGCCUACCACAGUAGCCUAUAUUUUUUUGAAAAGUGCCUCCAAAUAAAGAUUAUUAUUAUUAUUAUUAUUAUUAUUAUUAUUAUUAUUAUUAUUAUUAUUAUUAUUACAUAAAUAUGCCCUGAAUUGUUUAUUUCACAACAUCUGAAAUACAGGAAUUUAUGGUGGGUACAAAAGUGACACUUCUUUAAAUGAAAUGAAAAUUAGAAUUAUAGGAUGUUUUUGUAGCCCUCUGUCUAUAUAGCCUUAUACAACCCAACAAAGUAUCUUACUUUCAAUUGCUUCAAUUGUUUUUUGCCAGAGUGCUAGAUUGCCUUCCACAUGUCCUGUAUGUAGAGAUGCAUCUGUAAUAGUGUGCACCAUAUACACAGUAACAGUACAGUACUGCAUUGUUCAAUAUGUUGUCAAUGAAAGAACAUGACACACACGUGGUAACGUUGUAAUGGUAACAGGUACAGCAAUAAUAUGGUAACAUGGCAAUUUCUCAUGCAAACAAAAAAAGGCAUACAGUCAUCAAUUUCACUUGGAGGAAUUGUGAGUUUUUUUGUAAUGAUUCUAAAACAUAUUCCUAUGUUUCCCUUUUGCUCUUAUGUGUAACAAAUAAGAUUAUUUUGUACCUAACAACAAAUGUAUGCUACUGUAUACGCUAAUGAGAAAAUUAUGUUGCUGUAGGUUUUGUGUGUAAACUGAUAUGUCUGAUGAUUUUGCCUAGAAAUACCAAGACAAGAUGGUUGUUCUGAGUGACUUACCCUGAGAGUUGAACAUUCAAAAACAUAUAACAUAACAUUGUAUAAAAACAAAUGUUACAACAGAACUUGUGUCAAGCAUAAAGCAGGUUAGUUUACAUUGGUCUGGUUUCAAACAGUUAAUGCAAAGCGGAUCGUUAACUCCUGAAAAAUACACUAUAAUUCGCUGCAGUAGCCAAGCAGCAAGUACUACCACAGUGGAGAUGUGAUGGUGCACUUUUCAUAACGUGUUGUGUACAUUCUUCCAGAGCAAGAUAACACUGUAGAAAUUGUAGAAUCACUCUUUCUUCUACUUAUGAACAUUAUUAGAUCUUUACACCUUGACUAUGCUUACUUUUGGCAUGUAUACUUCAAAAAAUCUUACAAUGGUCAGUCUGCCAUUUACAGCGUCAUUAGAUCUUAACCUUGAGUGACAUUAACUAAUACCAGCAAAUAUGUUACUUUGGUAGUAUUAACAGUUGCUUAGCUCAAAAACAAACGCUAAACACAUUGUUUUCAUAGACCUUGAUAGACAAGAUUCUGUGCCAACAAAAGUUAUUUAAAUGUACAUCGUUGCCCUCCUUGGUCUCAAUAGGGUGAUACUAUUAUGUCCUAUGGUGUUAUCCUUAACAAAUCUAGGUAUCAACUACGAAUACAUUGCCAUUACUGUGUAGAGCUAUCUGUUUCAAUCUUUUGCAAGGUUUGACAUGAGGAUGCUUUGUCACUGACAUUAUACAGGGAAAUAAAACGAUUAAUAUUGUGAAACUGAAAUUGUGUGUGAAAAGCAAUAAACACACACAUACUCCCUGGACUAGAUUAUAUGAUGUCCAUUACCCACACAUUAGACUCCAGCACCUUGUUCAUCUCAGAACUGAAGUCAGGAUAGCUGUCAUAAUGGACUGACAGCUCCAGCACACAGCCACAUGUGUGGGCCACAGGUCAUCUCUGAAAACCUUGAGUCUGGGUAAAUGCAAAAAUGAUAUUCUUCCCCAGGCAGAGAUCUGAUCCUGUACUGAACCUGAGGAACAAACACAGAUGCUGCAAAUCAGCAUUCCUCAAGUAUGUGGUGAGAUACUUUUGAAUGUCCUUCUGGUGGGUGUUCAUUGUUUUCAGAAAAGUCUCCUAUAAAAACAUUGCUACUCUCAAAAACAUCAUCACUCACACCCUCUGAAGAAUAUAGUGAAAAUUCAAAAUUGUCAUCACUUAUAGUGUUCCCAAGAAAUAUCACAUCAGGGCUAACUGUUUCAAAUGUAGCAGGUGGCUGUGCUGUAACAACACUGAGAGGAGAAGUGGAAGGCUGAUUCUGAGAGGUUUCUUGUCUCUCCAAAGAUGGAGCCAAACCUGCGCUGUGACUGUGUGGACUGUCUUUUUUUCUUUG